UUGAAAAUUAAAAAUAAUGAACCCUAUCCGACAAUCAACUGCGGACUGCCCUCCGCAACCUUAGGACUGCUUAUUUGCUCGCCAAGCUAAUUCAUUCUCAAGCUGACCGUCUAGCCAAGCACGUAUCUAGGGUUUAUCUCACGCUUACGGAGUAGAAUGAAGUUCAACUGCAAUGAUUUCAUCCCUAACCUCCGCGACAAAAUAUAAAGCAACCAUACCAUUUUGUUGCAUCCACCAUUUGUCUGAAAGUUUAGGGUCUGCUACCUCUUGUUCUCACCCAAAAGGCCACUCUCGUUGGUCUCUGCAGCUUCGAAUCAACAAGCCAUCAUCUAAGAUCAACUAUUCGCCUUUAAUGAAAGAUUCAUCUUUUCAAAAGUUGAAAAAAUUGAAUGACUCCAGUGAGAAAAGCCUAGAAUAUAUUUCACAGAUAGAUGAUUGUAGUAAUUCUAUUCGUUCUAAAAUCUCGGUGGGAGUGAGUGAUAAAGAGAGAGAAAGAAGGGGAAAAAUUGGAUUAGCGAAUAGGGGUAGAACUCCAUGGAACAAAGGAAGAAAGCACAAUGAAGAGACUCGAAUGAUUAUUAAGAAGAGGACUAUCGAGGCAUUAAAAGACCCAAAGGUUAGGAAAAAGAUGGCUGAUAGGCCUCAUUCUCAUAGUGAUCAGAGCAAAGCAAGGAUAAGUUCAAGUUUGAAAAGGUUUUGGUAUGAGUCGUUGAAACAUAAAAGGUUGCAAGAUAAACUCUAUUUUUCGUGGGCGAGAUACAUUGCAGAAGCAGCGAAACAAGGCAGCAAUGACGAAAGAGAACUGGAUUGGGAUAGUUACCAGAAAAUAAAGGCUGAUAUAAAUUUCCGGUAUAUUCAGGAGAGAGAAGAGAAAGCGAAAGAAACGCAAACUGCAAAAUUAUUUGCAGAAAAGGUUUCAAUGUACAGGGCUGCAAAACAUGCUCAGAAAAGGAGAAGGAAGGAAGAACUGGCCAAAACACAGUCUUCGUUGCGUCAAAACUUGUUAAACAAGAACAAGAAGAAGAAUGAUUAUGCGAGAGAUUUAAAGCUUGUGGAGAGACUGACUAAGAUCCAAUACGGCAAGAGGAUAUUGAAGAUUUCUGGUAGCAGUCAAAGAGAGAGCUUAUUUGGUGCCCAGCCAUCGGUAGAGAAGUUGGACUUGAAACUCAUUAAGGAAGAGAAAAUACAACGAAGUGUUUCGCUUGCAGAUCAACUCCAGACACUGAAGGACAAAAAGGUUGAGUUUUGUGCACGGCUCUUAUGAAGGACUUUACUUUUUUAAUAUAUGAGUUUAGGCCAAUAAAUUUAUAUUUCUGUAGAAUGCACUUUUUUUAUCAUGUUAGCCAACUUUCCUUGCCAUUACUAUUCCAAGCCUGUUGUAGCUGGUAGUAUAGUCGA